GACUUUUGUGAUGCACUCAUAACCGCUAAGAAUGAGGCCCUCAGAGAGGGUAAGGAAUCGGCCCCUUAUCUCACGGACACCAACCUCACGAUGACUGUAAUGGACCUAUUCAUGGCGGGCACCGACACCUCCCAGCAGUCAUUCCAAUGGAUGGUUCUUCUGAUGACAUACUAUCAAGGAGUCCAGAAAAAGUUGAGACAAGAGAUUGAGACACAAAUCGGAGACCGAAUGCCAACACAUGAGGACAGGAAUCGAUGCCAUUAUGUCAUGGCUUUCAUUACGGAAACACUGAGGUUCAGGAAUAUAACGCCAAUGGGUGUCCCGCAUAAGGCUGUCGUCCAGAGUACUAUCGGUAAUUAUACGAUCCCUGAAAAUAUGGGAGUUUUUGUAUACCAAGGAAUAUGUUGUCGUAAUGAUGAUGACUGGCAAAAGGGGUCUGAGUUCCGCCCCGAGAGGUUUCUGGACAGUGAGGGACAGUUCAUGACUACCCGUCCAAAGGCGUACAUCCCGUUCGGUGUGGGACGACGUGUUUGUUUGGGCGAGAAGUUAGCCAUCGCUGACCUCUUCCUAGUUUUGGUCAGAUUUCUG